UCUAUGAGUCACACCCCUUCAAAAUCACUAUCAAUAUUUUUUUUUUUGGCUUCCGAAUCAUGUUUGAUAUUUAUAUUAAAGUUAAAUUAAUUCAGAUUAACUUCGAGAAAAAUAUUUUCUAUCAAAAACAAUUUCAUAUCUAAGGCGGAAUCCAAAACUUGAAAUUAAAGGAGGCCACAUCCUUUUGGUGGUCAAUAUUGUUUUUUAUUUUGUAUGAACUUACUGAUUGGAUAUUUUUUGUCAAAUAAACUUUUUCUGAUUUAUUUAAAGUCUAUAUACACACACAUACAUAUUAUAUACAUACACACAUCGAGAAAAAAAGCUGAUUUGUUGGGAGGAAGACUCCAAAAAGCAGCAUCACUGUACUUUAUUUUGGGCCACAAGAUUUGGAGAAAGGCAAUCAAAGGGAGCAAGCUCCUUCAUUGGAAUUUUGUAAGUGAUUUGAUAGAUAAUUUUGCACAAUUUGGGAAGCCAGAUCAAGAUACUCGUGAAGGCACCGUGUUGAGUAGGGAUUUGAAUUGAAACACGGUUCCUAGGCCUACGGGGGUGCCAGAUUUACGGUUCUAUGAUCAUGUUCUUGUUAUAUGAGUACAUGGUGAAGGAUUUUAGUGAGGGAUAAGCAGCUACGAUACAUGGAGAAUUCACGUGAGUUUCUAAGCAAUGGAAAACCAGCUGAUCCUGGUCUUCAAGUUAUAAGGCACCCCUCUUACCAAUCUUGUGGGAAAUUAUCGUUAUCUUGGUUUGAUAUUAGAGUUUUUUACAUCAGAAUCAGCAAUUUUAUGGUCGAUGAUUCAACCCCAGAAAGUCUUACGCUUAACCAUAUCCCUCUAAGCCCCGAUACGCUGCUUGAAGUAAAUGGUAAAAGAUGUUCUGUGUACUCAGAAGGAGCCUCUUGCUUUCUUCGAAGGGGCCGUGUUGAUAAGAAAGCUGAAGAAGCUACAUUUGUGAGCACAGAUAGUAUAAGAGUGACUGGGAGUGUGAACUUUGAGGUUUCGUAUAAAGAUGAUCUUUUUCUCUCUGGGACUUUGGAGAUGGCCAACAUCAAUGAUUCUCAAAACUGUCUUAGGAGAUGGAGCAUGAACUGUGAAUCAGUUAUGAGUGCUGGCACGGGAUUUCUGAAGGGAAAACACAUUGUGGGUUCUGAAUCAUUGUCACCGACAAUUGAAGUCUAUGUUACCGGUUGCUUCGCUGGUACACCUAUCAUCUUAACUAAGACUUUGCAGCUAAAUCACAGGAAGAAGCACCAAAGAAAGGGUAUGUUAGACUCCAUUCCGGAGCAUGACACAUCUGAACAGCAUAAAGAAGUCUCAUCUGGACAUGAUCUGCAGGUAACAGAAUACAACAGAAACUACAAACCAGAAAGCGAAGAAGACUACAACAGCAUGUACUGGGGACGAACAGAACUUAUGGAUGGUGAAGACGGAGAAAUGUCCUGGUUCAAUGCUGGGGUCCGAGUUGGUGUUGGGAUUGGCCUUGGCAUUUGUGUAGGAGUUGGAGUAGGAGUUGGUUUAUUAGUCCGUACUACACGAAACUUAAGAAGGCGCCUUAUGUAGUUACAUAGUAUACAUAUAAAGGCUAACAAAAGACAGAUACUUGUUUUAAGAAUAUAUUGUACUUUUUAGACAUUUUCGACGUUGCUAACCAUUUUCUUUUUUCAUGUGUAAUCUGUUUACUGCAUUUUGGUGCUGAGGAGUGCAACAGUUGCUAAAGCUGUAUGGACAU